AUGGAAAGGGACGAGUCGAGCGAGAGCGAAGAAGAGGGGGAGAAGAGGGGGGUCACAUACAACAGACUUCGCUCUAUCCUCAAACGAAUCAGCCCAAUCGAGGAGCUCACCACUUUUCUUACCAGCCACAAGUUUUUCCAAGUCAGCUCGGACUUGGCCAAUCCCAAUCGCGCCAAGUCCCACAUCAUCAGUGAUCUCAGACGCCACUUAGAGGGAGAGGUGACCGAAGACCACGUCGCCGCCGCAGAUCUGCUGCUCUGCUCGCUGGGGCUCAGACAGCGCACAUGGACGACCUACAAGCUCACCCCCAGGGACGAACAGAAGCACACCUCGUCGAGCUCCUCCCCGAGCGGAGCCGACCCAGAACAGUUCGCCCGACGGCUCGGCGAGGAAAUCGAACUGUUCGCUCCACACCACCUGCACGUGCAGAUGCACAACGACGUGUUGUGGGCGCGGCUGCGCAUCGCGCAUCUGGGCGUCGCGGUGCGCACCCACAUCGCCUACAUCGCCUAUUGCCCGCGGUCUCGCGCCGUCUUUGCGAGCAACAUCGCAGCCUCGCUCCACGACAUCAUCAUCCACGCCCUCGAAACCGCUCUGAGCUGCGAAGUGGAGAAAACAAAACUGCACGGCAAGAACGUCAAAGCGCUGAUGGACAUGAUGCUCAACCGGGACGGCCAAGGCCCGUAUCGCGACUAUCGAGCCGACAGCCACCCACUGCAGCAGCAGCUUUCCGCCGCGGCCGCGACCGACGAGUCGCAGCGGCGGCCCGUGCCGUCAUCGCCGCCGCUGCCGGUCGUGGUCGAGGAUGCCGAAGCCCGGCACAGGACCGAGCAGCACUUGUUCGACGCCUUCGGCUCGUCGCCCAUGCCCGCGCUCGACCAGGUCAACUUCAGGAUUGUGGACUCCUUCCGUGGCGGCUUCGAGCUCGGACCGCGAUUCGAGUGCUCGGUUCGGUUCGAGGGACCCAACGUACUGGAGGGCAUCCGUAAGCUGGUGCAACUGGGGAUCGCGCAGCCGCCGCUGCCGCACUAUCUGGCGAAUCUGGCGUCGCUGUGCCAGAACAGCUUCGACCUCGUCAACCCGAACCCGGACACCGGCGAACAGAAUCAGGACGCCGGUGGCGCCGCCGAACGACAGCGACAGCGCGGCGGCAAGCGAAAAGAGCGAGACGAAACCACCACGACCACCACGACGUCAUCAACUGCAUCGUCGUCAACUUCAUCAUCGGCCACGUCAGCACAAGUACAUAGAGACGAGGAGGCCAGCCAGCAGCGUCGACCAACAACGUCCCAAAGGGAAGGCUACGGCAUCGUCCAGAGGGGCGAGAAGCGGCGCGGCUGA